GUGGGAAGAAGAGCGCUAUCCUGAAGGCAUCAAGUGGAAAUUCCUAGAACAUAAAGGUCCAGUAUUUGCCCCACCAUAUGAGCCUCUUCCAGAGAAUGUCAAGUUUUAUUAUGAUGGUGAGUUGUUUCAAGGUUCUUGAUUCUUGGCCAGGAAAAGAAAUCUGCUUCUAUUUAGGGAUAGAAAACAAGGAAGGAUCCUAUGUAAUAGAUAAUCCUUUUUAUUUCAUUUUGUUUUAUUGCCAUGCAAUUUUGAGGAAGGGGCAUCAGGUGUUAACUCUUAAAGGCUCAUUUGCUGCUGAAAAAGUGCCAUGAAAAAGGGGCUAUUCAUGUCUUCCCUACAUAGUCCAAAAAAGGUUUGUCAACAUGGCUCACGGUGUGUGGUCCACAAGCUGAAGGUUUUGAUCUGAACUUCAUUUCUAGGGAGCAACUCUUCGCAAGAGUUAUUAGAAAAGCCUCACUUGAAUGGUAGUAUUUUAUGUUAGCAAUAUAACAAUGCAAUCAGACAAGCUGCUCAUCACUAGAAACAGUACUAGUAUAUGGUCGAGGAUUAAUAGUCUGCCAUCCAUCUCUAGAUAGGGCCGGUAGGCAUCUGUCACCUAUUCUGUGUAGCAUAACACUAUGCCUUUGAUAUAUGUGCAAUCAAGUCUGAUGAGCUGCUUUAAAGAAAUGCCCUGCCUGGGUCUCUUAGAACCCUCAGAAUUGUCCCUUAUCUGUCGUUGGUAUUUGUAUCUUUGGGUUUGAAGGAUUUGAGGGUAGCCUUUGACAUGCCUCCUGUUGGCAGUGUAGCAGUAUGUAGAUGGUAAUAACUGAUUUUCUUCAUUCCAUGAGUUUUAUCCAGAAAUGGUUAGAGCAUUGUUCCUCAUACCCUUAUGUGCUUAUGACUCACCAAAGUGGAUCUGAGCCCAUUUAACAGUUGUGGGGUGGGCUUCUUUUCCCUUUCCCCACCGUCCCUCUUCUUCUUUCCCCUUUCCCAACCAUCCUUCCCUCUUCUGUCCCCUUUCCCGACAGUCCCCCUUCUCCUUUCCCCAGCAUUCCUCUUCCACCUCCACUUGUCUUACCACCGUCUUUUGGCCACUGUUAUUUCACCACCCCAUUUCUCCACCAUUUUUCCCACCCUCAACCCCCGUUUUCUUCUCACCCAUCCCACCGCCCCCACUGAAAAGAAAAAGUUCUGGGGUGGGAUUGAGUACUUCUGAACCAAGUGGUCUGCUGACCAAACUUUGAGAAACGCUGGGCAGGAUAACUGCUGAAAAGCAUCAGUGGUGAACACUCAGGCAUUCUGGUGCAUCUCUCUUCCCACCAGUAGUGGCCUUAGGUCCACCAAUGCUUGUAGGCCUAGGUAGUAGUUUACACUAAAGGGCUGGGUCUGCAACUGAAGAAAGUGCCAAACUUGGCAAGCUGAAAUUUGUUUUUUAAAAUGCCAUAUUUAUUAGCCAAGUGUGGUGGUGCACGCCUGUAGUCCCAGCUACUCAGGAGGCUAAGGUGGGAGGAUUGCUUGAGUCCAGGAGGCAGAGAUUGCAGUGAGCCUAGAUCGUGCCACUCCCCUCCAGCCUGUGUGACAGUGAGACCCUGUCUCAAAAAAUAAAAUAAUAAAUAAAUAAAUAAAACAUAUUUAUUGAAUGUAUUUGUGUUCAGACACCAAGACCCAGCAGUGGAUAGUACUACUGACUUAGACCCUGAUCUUGGGGAGUUUGCAGCCUAACAGGACUCCAUAAUCUCAGAGGCAAAUGCUUAUGUUACGUAAACAUUUUGACCUGUUGACCAGAGAGCCUAAGACAGUUCUUUCAGCCCUCACGCUGGUCAUUCCUGGAGACUCUUAACUAUAACUCAAAGCCAAAACUCCUAAUUAAGAGAAAGGGCCUAGAACCUUGAAGAGCACCAUCUCAAAGCGUAGGUAUUCCGUAGGCCUGGUCUGGACUUACCAAGAGCUUUAGGAUGCUCAGCUGGUAAAGCCUCACUUUGAGGUUCAAAGUGAUGGGAGGGAAAGCUAGAUUUCCUAGUCCUGUGGUUUCUCUUCCUUUUCAAGAUAGGAAGCAGAGGCCUGGUCUAGUUCACAGGUUGCCAUAGUCCUUUCCUCCCAUUCUUGCCCAGUCCUCCUUUACAGGAUCCUGCUUUAGGGCUCCAGCAUUUUCUCAGCUGGUCCUCUGCUGGGAUUUCUUCUCUUUGAUUGUGUGAACUCUUACUCUGCAGUAAGUCAAGAAGUCAUAUUUGACUUUACUUCAAACUGAUACAGUAAGUGCUGCCUACUCUCUGGGGAGGAGAAUUCUUAGACUCCUUUAGAACUUGCCAGGGAGGUGGGGCAUGGGCUAGCUGAAGCAGUGAAUUACUGCCUUCUCUGAGGACCUUCAGUUUACAGCUUUGACUCAGCAGUUUCCUUUUCCUGGAGCUCAGCCUUUUCCACAAAGUGUUAACAUUGCCAGGAACCUUCCAAUCAUCCUCCCACUACUCUGAUGCAGGGAGCCGUCAUUUCAUCUUUUGACAGCUCAUCUAAAAUAGGAGGAGUCACAGUUGCUUCUCCCUCUAUUAGGACAGAAUUCAGUAAAACAGCCCAAAAUCUCAUUUUUUUAAAAUUUAUUUUUAUAUUUAUUUAUUUGAGACAGAGUCACACUCUGUCACCCAGGCUGGAGUGCAGUGGCACAAUCUUGGCUCACUGCAGCCUCCACCUCCAAGGUUCAAAUGAUUCUCAUGCCUCAGCCUCCCAAGUAGCUGAAAUUACAGGCACGUGCCACCACACCUAAUUUUUGUAUUUUUAAUAGAGACGGGGUUUUACCAUGUUGGUCAAGCCGGUCUGGAACUCCUGACCUGAAGUGAUCCUUGCACCGCCUCCUAAAGUGCUGGGAUUACAGAUGUGAACCACCAUGCUCAGCCACAUUUUUUUUUAAAUGGUGUUAACAUUUAUUUUAUACCAAACAUACUUGAAAACAGUUUACAUUUUUUUCUUGCCAUUUUAUUUAUUUUAUUCCUAGUGACUUAAUGUUUUCCUUUAUAUUGGAAACAUGUUACAGUUUUCUAAAGAAGUUCAGGGAAUCUUUUAAUACACAGCCUAUCUUCCCCGAAGUGUCUUUCUUCCAAAGCAGAAGCUUGGGGGUUGAUGGGGGCAGCUGCGCCACCUGUUGGCCUUUUAAGUUAAUGGCGUCCAAAGUGGGUUCUUUCUACUAUAACUGUUUCAAUAUUGUGCUACAGUUCUCUACACCCCUGCAAAGUCAGAUUGCAUAUCAUUAUGAGAUAAGAUGUCUUCUGAGUUUCAAAAUAAAUGGAUUUCUGGUUAAAUUUUAGUUUUCUAUAAAGAAUGUGGGCAGCCUUGGUGAAUUAUUAAUACCUGUGUAAUAGUAAGGUGGUGGAAUUAUAGUUAACCUCAUUUUAAGUAUAGCCAAAUGCUCUUAGUAUAGCAUGGAUUGGUUCGAGGUGAUGUUGUAAAGUUGGAUUUUUAAGAAAGAAUGGAAAUUGGCACUAAGAGUACUGUCAAAAGCAUUUGUUUGAAAAGUGGAUUAAAUUCCCAAGUACUUUUCUUUCAUUGCUUUAUUAACUAAAUCAGGUAUAUAAAACCCAUAGGCCCUAUUCAGAUUUUCUUUACCAGUUAGCAGCUUUCAUUGUGAAAACAUCUGAGUCCCUUUAGACAGCUUUUUGUUUAUUUGAGACAGAGUCUCAGUCUGUUGCCCAGGCUGAAGUGCAGUGGCGUGAUCUUGGCUCACUGCAACCCCUGCCUCCUGGGUUCAAGCGAUUCUCAUGCCUCAGCCUCCUGAGUAGCUGGAGUUACAGGCUCCCAUCACCACGCCCGGCUAAUUUUUUAUAUUUUUAGUAGAGAUGGGGUUUCGCCGUGUUGGCCAGGCUGAUCUGGAACUCCUGACCUCAAGUGAUCUGCCUGCCUCAGCCUCCCAAAGUGCUGGGAUUACAGGCAUGAGCCACUGCUCCCAGCCCCUUUAGACAGCUUUUACAUAAACAAUUGGAUACACCAGGAACCCCAGUCAUCCCUUGUGCUGUGGAUGCAUCCUGGUUCCCUGAAAGAGGCAGCAUCAUGGUACCCAUGUUCCAGAGCAGUGCAUCGCAAACUCUAGUGUGCAUCCAAGUCUUGUUAAAAAUGCAAUUUCUGUAUAGGAUUCAGUAGGUCUAGGAGGGGGCCUGGGAUUCUGCAUUUCUAAACUCCCACAUGAUGCCAAUGCUGCUGGUCUGUGAACCACUUGUUGAAUAGCAAAGUUCUAGAAGAAGGUCUUAUUAGGCUUUUCAUAUGGGAAAUCUGGGCUUGCCUAGUAUGGAUAUAUAUUUUUUUUAUUCAUAUUCCACCCACCUAACUUUGAAGAAGAAAGAUGCCUAUUUCUUUUCCCCACAAUUCCUUUCUUCCACUCCCUGCCCUAUCCCUUCCUCCCCUUCUUGAACAGAGGCUGCUUAGCUUAGCAGUGGCAGGAGUCCCUCUGAGGAUUUGAUUUUUAAAAACCAUUGAAGAGGUGUAAAGGACUCUGCUUGCUGAAAGGAAAAGGAAGAGUGACUGGGCCUCCCCCAGGUCAUCCCUGUCCUGAGCAGGCACCUGGGAACAAUUAACUGGCAUAGUCUCCAGAGAAUGACCCAGGUAAAGUCAUGAAGCUGAGCCCCAAAGCAGAGGAAGUAGCUACGUUCUUUGCAAAAAUGCUCGACCAUGAAUAUACUACCAAGGAAAUAUUUAGGAAAAAUUUCUUUAAAGACUGGAGAAAGGAAAUGACUAAUGAAGAGAAGAAUAUUAUCACCAACCUAAGCAAAUGUGAUUUUACCCAGAUGAGCCAGUAUUUCAAAGCCCAGACGGAAGCUCGGAAACAGAUGAGCAAGGAAGAGAAACUGAAAAUCAAAGAGGAGAAUGAAAAAUUACUGAAAGAAUAUGGAUUCUGUAUUAUGGAUAACCACAAAGAGAGGAUUGCUAACUUCAAGAUAGAGCCUCCUGGACUUUUCCGUGGCCGCGGCAACCACCCCAAGAUGGGCAUGCUGAAGAGACGAAUCAUGCCCGAGGAUAUAAUCAUCAACUGUAGCAAAGAUGCCAAGGUUCCUUCUCCUCCUCCAGGACAUAAGUGGAAAGAAGUCCGGCAUGAUAACAAGGUUACUUGGCUGGUUUCCUGGACAGAGAACAUCCAAGGUUCCAUUAAAUACAUCAUGCUUAACCCUAGUUCACGAAUCAAGGGUGAGAAGGACUGGCAGAAAUACGAGACUGCUCGGCGGCUGAAAAAAUGUGUGGACAAGAUCCGGAACCAGUAUCGAGAAGACUGGAAGUCCAAAGAGAUGAAAGUCCGGCAGAGAGCUGUAGCCCUGUACUUCAUCGACAAGCUUGCUCUGAGAGCAGGCAAUGAAAAGGAGGAAGGAGAAACAGCGGACACUGUGGGUUGCUGCUCACUUCGUGUGGAGCACAUCAAUCUACACCCAGAGUUGGAUGGUCAGGAAUAUGUGGUAGAGUUUGACUUCCUCGGGAAGGACUCCAUCAGAUACUAUAACAAGGUCCCUGUUGAGAAACGAGUUUUUAAGAACCUACAACUAUUUAUGGAGAACAAGCAGCCCGAGGAUGAUCUUUUUGAUAGACUCAAUACUGGUAUUCUGAAUAAGCAUCUUCAGGAUCUCAUGGAGGGCUUGACAGCCAAGGUAUUCCGUACAUACAAUGCCUCCAUCACGCUACAGCAGCAGCUAAAAGAACUCACAGCCCCGGAUGAGAACAUCCCAGCGAAGAUCCUUUCUUAUAACCGUGCCAAUCGAGCUGUUGCAAUUCUUUGUAACCAUCAGAGGGCACCACCAAAAACUUUUGAGAAGUCUAUGAUGAACUUGCAAACUAAGAUUGAUGCCAAGAAGGAACAGCUAGCAGAUGCCCGGAGAGACCUGAAAAGUGCUAAGGCUGACGCCAAGGUCAUGAAGGAUGCAAAGACGAAGAAGGUAGUAGAGUCAAAGAAGAAGGCUGUUCAGAGACUGGAGGAACAGUUGAUGAAGCUGGAAGUUCAAGCCACAGACCGAGAGGAAAAUAAACAGAUUGCCCUGGGAACCUCCAAACUCAAUUAUCUGGACCCUAGGAUCACAGUGGCUUGGUGCAAGAAGUGGGGUGUCCCAAUUGAGAAGAUUUACAACAAAACCCAGCGGGAGAAGUUUGCCUGGGCCAUUGACAUGGCUGAUGAAGACUAUGAGUUUUAGCCAGUCUCAAGAGGCAGAGUUCUGUGAAGAGGAACAGUGUGGUUUGGGAAAGAUGGAUAAACUGAGCCUCACUUGCCCUCGUGCCUGGGGGAGAGAGGCAGCAAGUCUUAACAAACCAACAUCUUUGCGAAAAGAUAAACCUGGAGAUAUUAUAAGGGAGAGCUGAGCCAGUUGUCCUAUGGACAACUUAUUUAAAAAUAUUUCAGAUAUCAAAAUUCUAGCUGUAUGAUUUGUUUUGAAUUUUGUUUUUAUUUUCAAGAGGGCAAGUGGAUGGGAAUUUGUCAGCGUUCUACCAGGCAAAUUCACUGUUUCACUGAAAUGUUUGGAUUCUCUUAGCUACUGUAUGCAAAGUCCGAUUAUAUUGGUGCGUUUUUACAGUUAGGGUUUUGCAAUAACUUCUAUAUUUUAAUAGAAAUAAAUUCCUAAACUCCCUUCCCUCUCUCCCAUUUCAGGAAUUUAAAAUUAAGUAGAACAAAAAACCCAGCGCACCUGUUAGAGUCGUCAUUCUCUAUUGUCAUGGGGAUCAAUUUUCAUUAAACUUGAAGCAGUCAUGGCUUUGGCAGUGUUUUGGUUCAGACACCUGUUCACAGAAAAAGCAUGAUGGGAAAAUAUUUCCUGACUUGAGUGUUCCUUUUUAAAUGUGAAUUUUUAUUUCUUUUUAAUUAUUUUAAAAUAUUUAAACCUUUUUCUUGAUCUUAAAGAUCGUGUAGAUUGGGGUUGGGGAGGGAUGAAGGGCGAGUGAAUCUAAGGAUAAUGAAAUGAUCAGUGACUGAAACCAUUUUCCCAUCAUCCUUUGUUCUGAGCAUUCGCUGUACCCUUUAAGAUAUCCAUCUUUUUCUUUUUAACCCUAAUCUUUCACUUGAAAGAUUUUAUUGUAUAAAAAGUUCCACAGGUCAAUAAACUUAGAGGAAAAUGAGUAUUUGGUCCAAAAAAAGGAAAAAUAAUCAAGAUUUUAGGGCUUUUAUUUUUUCUUUUGUAAUUGUGUAAAAAAUGGAAAAAAACAUAAAAAGCAGAAUUUUAAUGUGAAGACAUUUUUUGCUAUAAUCAUUAGUUUUAGAGGCAUUGUUAGUUUAGUGUGUGUGCAGAGUCCAUUUCCCACAUCUUUCCUCAAGUAUCUUCUAUUUUUAUCAUGAAUUCCCUUUUAAUCAACUGUAGGUUAUUUAAAAUAAAUUCCUACAACUUAACGGAAA